AUGGACGACGGCGUGAGUGUGAAGUUCACUGCUUGGCGACGCGAAAUCGAGAGCAAGCUGCUUCUCAACGAGGACUACUACCCUACGGAAAGGCAUAGAAUGGCAUACGUUAUGAACCGCUGCGCUGGGAAGGCCCAGGCACAGUUACAGCCCCGUUUAGAGCCCGAUGCCAAGAACCGGUACCAAACAGCCAAGGAGAUGCUGGAACAUCUCCAACUUGUGUUCAAGGAUCCCCAGCAACGUCGCAUCGCCCAACGAGAGUACGGGGAGCUGAAGAUGAAGGCCAACGAUGACUUCAAUAUGUUCUCUGCGGAAUUCUCCCGUCUUACUCUGGAAUCGAAAGGCGAGGAGGAGCUGCAGAAAGACGAUCUGUUCGAGAGACUCCCGUACCGGCUGCAGACGUUAGUGGCCGGAGAGGUCUACAAGGACGACGUGACUAUGCAGGACUUUGUUGACUCCUGUCGACGCGGUGCAAUCACUAUGACUCGCAUGCAACCUUCGAAUCGCUUCAAGAAGUCAUAA